AUGAGCACAGAGGAUCAAGUCAUUGUGCCUGUAGAAAAGCUCAGGGAUUUUGUAUUCAGGUGUAUGCAGAAAGCUGGAGCUAAAGCAGACCAGGCAGAAGUUAUGGCUGAACUUUUGGUCGCUGCAGACCAUCGAGGACAUUACAGCCAUGGCUUGAACAGGAUUGAUUACUACUUGACUGAAAUCAGUAAUGGAUGGAAUUCUGUGGAUAAAGAGCCCGAAAUCCUAAAAGAGACUGUAGCAACUGCUCUUGUGAAUGGCAAUAACUGUUUAGGUCCUGUGGUUGGCAAAUUUUGUAUUGACCUGGCCAUACAAAAAGCCAAAUCUGCUGGUAUUGGAUGGGUAUCUGCAAAAGGUUCAAACCACUUUGGUAUUGCAGGCUGGUAUAGCAUAAGAGCAAUGAAUGAAGGCCUAAUUGGCAUGGCAUUUUGUAACACAUCACCUAAUAUGAUACCAACAAGAUCCAAAGUGAAUGUGUUAGGCACAAAUCCAAUUUCUGUAGCAGCGAAAGGAAACAGCAAUGAGGAGUUUGUACUGGACAUGGCAACAACUGCAGUUGCCCAGGGUAAAGUGCAAAUAAAACAUCUUUUAGGAAAAGAUAUACCAAAUGGCUGGGGUGUGGACAGACACGGAAAGCCUUGUACCAAAACAGAGGAAGUUCUUUACCAUGGAGGUCUGUGUCCAUUAGGUGGUACAGAGGAAACAAGUGGCUAUAAAGGAUAUGGUCUUGGCUUUAUGGUUGAACUCUUCUGUGGUAUUCUCAGUGGAUCAGCAUUUGGAUCCAAUGUCAGAAUGUGGGCAGGCCACAGCGUGCAAGCAAAUUUAGGUCAGUGCUUUGUUGCAGUUGAUCCUAAAGCAUUUGCUCCUGGUUUUGAGGACAGACUUUCUGAGCUAAUCCACCAAUGUAAGGAUUCUGAGCCUGCAGAAGGAGAACAGGAAGUACUUGUGCCAGGGGAUCCAGAGAAUAAACACAUUCAGUUGUGUUCAGAACUGGGUGGUAUCCCAUACCAUUCAAAACAACUUGCAUUUGCUGAUGAAAUGGCUCAGAAAUAUGGAGUAGAACCUCUUGAACGGUUGUGA